UCAAGGAUAGUCGGGUAUGUGAAGAUCAUUCUGGACAACUGAUGCAAAAAACCGUGAGGAAUUGGACUGGUUAGUAACCCUUUAGGGCAUGAGAAACAGGAGCUUCACCGUGAAAAAAGAAGCUGAAAUCUAUGUGUGUGAUAUAUUUCCUACCACAACACAAACUGAGCACACGCAUCGCUGCUGAAACCCUCGGCACUGUUUAGACUAUCCAUUCCUCUUGUCAUGAGGGUACGUUAUAGAAAAAGGCCCAUAUCACCUUCUUUCACAUCGCCAUGGACCGGAACAAACGCAACUCCAUUGCUGGGAUCCCAACAUGGCCGGAACGCCUCCAGGAGGACAGGGACGGGCCUGGAGGCGAAGGGAACAGUGAAAUGGGCCCGCCUUCACAGAUGGGCAGGGUGUGUCCGUCCUCCUACAGAGCCCUCAUCAGUGCCUUCUCGUGUCUGACACGCCUUGAUGACUUCACCUGCGAGUGGAUCGGCUCAGGGUUUUUCUCUGAAGUCUUCAAGGUACGUCACAAAGCUUCGGACCAAGUUAUGGCUCUGAAGAUGAACAAACUCAGCAGCAACAGGGCAAACAUGCUGAGAGAGGUCCAGCUAAUGAAUCGACUCUGCCAUCCAAACAUACUCAGGUUUAAGGGAGUAUGUGUCCAUGAGGGCCAGCUUCAUGCUUUGACUGAGUACAUUAAUGGAGGAAACCUGGAGCAGCUUCUAGACAGCAACAAGCACCUGAGCUGGCCGGCGAGGGUGAAGCUAGCCUGUGAUAUCGCCAGCGGUGUGGCGUAUUUGCACUCUAAAGGCAUAUUCCAUCGGGACCUCACCUCCAAGAACUGCUUAAUCAAGUGUGAGGACAACGGCUACACGGCAGUGGUGGGAGAUUUCGGCCUGGCAGAGAAGAUCCCCAACAAACUUGCUGAAGGAGAGAAGCUUUCAGUGGUUGGAUCUCCUUUCUGGAUGGCUCCUGAGGUGUUGAGAGAUGAACCUUAUAAUGAGAAGGCUGAUGUUUUCUCCUAUGGAAUAAUCCUUUGUGAAAUCAUUGCAAGGGUCCAGGCUGACCCCGACUUCCUUCCUCGCACGGAGAACUUCGGCCUGGACUAUCACACGUUCCAGCACAUGGUUGGAGACUGUCCGCCUGACUUCCUCCAGCUGGCCUUCAACUGCUGUAACAUGGAUCCUAAACUCCGUCCGUCGUUUCCGGAUAACGUCCGACAGCUGGAGGAAAUUCUGGCACGUCUCAAAGUCGUAGAGAUGGAAAACGAGUCCAGCAGCGGGGAGAACGAAAAGAAAGCCUUGCCCAAAGCGGAGAAAAUUCAAGGCUUCAAACGACUGAAUCCUCUUGGCUGCCAAAACGAUAAAAUCCCGCCCAAAUCGCCUCGGCCCAGACGGAACAUCUGGCUCAGCCGCAGUCAGUCGGACAUCUUCUCCUGCAAGCCAGGGAGAAACAUCAACGUCCAGGACCCUUAUUAUGACCCGCCCACCUCUCAGAGGAGCCCCCGCACCCGUAAGAUCAACCCCUUCACCGCCAGAGAGGACCUUUGCGGGGGGAAGAUCAAGUUUUUCGACGUGCCCAGCAAGUCCGUCUUCUCGCUGGUUUUUGACCUGCACUCUCCUCCGGGAAGCGUGUUCAGUAACCAGGCCUACGGACCCCCAGGAUCCCAGCAGGAGACGUCCUUUUACUGGCAGCAGCUGCCUGGGAGGCAGUGCCACUCCCUGCCGGUGUCCCCCCAGCUGCCUCGCUCUGACAUGUCCUACCUGGUCGACCCCAUUGGCUCCAACAUCACUGGUUCUGCUGCUUGUUCGUCUGCUCUGCUCUCCAACACGCUUCCAGCAACCAAUUCCAAGACCGACACGGCGCCGAUACUAAACGACAUCCGACAGAAAGCGGCGCUGAGCUAUUGGGCCAGAAAGUUCGUGGUGGUGGAGAUCCCGCCUUUCUGCAGGCAGAGGGGAGGGGCCAACGAGGGAGGAGGCGGGGACGCGGAGGCGAGGACGGAGGACACUAGCGGGGAGAGCUGGUCUCCGAUGCUCACGGGCAGCGAAACGGACAGCGGAGAGGCGAUGGACUGCUCCGGUGGGCGAGAGGUGGAGGAGGAGAGGAGGGAAAGGGGGAUGGAGAGCUGCGUUGGCUCACCGUGAACGAGACUGAAGGACUCUGAACUGCUUCCUCCGGGGGGGGGGGAUAAGACUGGAAAGAUUUAUUAAUAAAAGCACUCACUCUAAUCUGUCAAGUGAAUGUAUCAGAUUUGGAAUGAAUAAACCACUUGAUGUGACGAAUAACUGUCUUUCAAAGCGAUCACCCGGUUAGCACAGCAGGCUUCACACUUUCUGUAAAGAUUAUACUCUGAAGCAAAGUUGUUGAUAUUUAAUAUUUUGAGAUGUAGAUAUUUUUUUUCCCUCAAAGACCGUCCUGUAUUUUUUUUUUUUCUCCUCGGUUUUUCCUGUGGGAUAUUGAUGAUCCCUUUGUGUAGCCUGUGUGGAUUUAAAAAUGUGUUUUGAUAUUUUUCAGUGUUUGCUCUAAGACAAAUGCUUCUGCUACAUUAAAGAAACAAACCCCCCAUUUUUCUGGUGAAAAAGGUCUGACACUGAUAUGGAAAUGAAAAGAGGAAUUUCUUAUUUCUUAUUCUUUAUUUCAGCUGAAUUUUUCCCCAGUGGGUUAAGGACCUGAAACCUGUUUUAUUAGAUUCAUUACUUCUCCCUAAUAAGCAGCUUCAUUCCAUCUAGGGUUAAAGUACCACACUGCAAUAUUUAAAGAAAUCAUUAUAUAUUUAAGCCUUUAAAGCCUGAACCUUGAAAUAAUUGAAAGAACAUUCAAAUUUUUCAAAUUUAGAAUGUCAUUGAACUUUCUAAAAAAUGUAUAAGUAAAAUUAGAUCAUUUAUUUGCAUCAAAUUUGAUACAUUAAUCAGUUCUGUAUAAUCUUUUUUACAUUUUCUGUUCACUACAUGUGAAUCUUACGGAGCCCCUAAAGGGACAUGGAGGGAAAAAAUAAACUUUUGUGAGAUCUCGCAAAAAAUAAACUUUAGCGAGAUUCCGCAAUACUUUUGCGAGAUCUCGCAAAAGUUCUUUUUUUCCCCUCCAUGUCCCUUUAGGGGCUCCGUAGAAUCUGAAUAGUCACUUAACAACUAAAACAUCAAACUGAUGAUGCAGAAAUCUUAAAAAAUUGUGUCAAAUAUGAUACACUGGGCUUUAAAGGGUUAAGUGAAUAUUUAUAUACAUUUAAAAAUACAUUUUGGUUUUGAAGAUACAUGAUUUAUAUCAUAUUUUGAUAGGUUCAAUACCAAAAUGUCGUUUUUUAAGAUAAAAGCAUAUAUGAAUAUUUUAAAUGUAAAAUGAAUUCAUGGUUCUUUACUGAGGAAAAUUCAGAUACAUUUUUUAGCCUGUCUGUCACAGUAAGUGGGCGGGGCUUAUAUUUUUAUAGACUGGAUGAUUUGUCUACGGUUUAGUUAACCAAUCCCAUAUUUGCUUUUAUUUCUCAGUGGGCAAAUUUAAAUUCAGCUUUUUUGUUUUGUUCUUUUUUUAAAUCUAAAAUAAUAAUAAAAACCCUGAGAUAUAUUAAUCUCUUCAUAAUACAGUUAAAUUAUUUAAAUAAAUGUGAUUUUAUUGGUGGAUUUUUUUGUUUUUUUGUAUAUAUCACUGUCAUUAUCAAUAAAUUAUUAGAUUAUUUAUCUAUGGGAUUGUGUCGCUUCGACCCUCCAUAGAUGAAUUCUAAAUCCUAUUUUUAUUUUUUUUGUGUGUGUGUGUCAGAGCAACCUUUACGCCCUAAAAAAGCCUCUAUUUGUAGUUGAAACCUUAAUACUAUUUUUAUAACAUUUACUUGCAUUAAAACAGAAACUAUAUGGUUAAACUUCAGAAGGGUUAAGUAAAAAUCUUAACUAAAAUGAUGCUGAGAAAUAUAUGGUAUGUAAUUAAAAUAUUAGCAUCAGCUGCCUUGUUAAUGUUAUAUAAAUUUCAGAUUAUAUAUUUUUUUUACCCUUUAAAGUGUCAACUCUUUUCCUUGAAACAGUGUUUUAGAGCAUCCUCACUUUAAUUGAUUCAUACCCAGGAUGCAUUGCUCAAAUGUUUUCAUCCUGAGUUUCUGGGCAGAGAAAAUUGGUUCAA